AACACAUGGGAGAUCCGUGUGCUGUUUUAGCAAUUUUUGCGAUCUUUAUGCUUCGGCAGGAAGCUGUUGCCCAAUUCCUGGAACCCAAUUGCGGCCUCACGGGGAUUUCGACUAAGAUAAUGCAUGGUCAGAUUGCAGAGCAUGGAACCAAUCCUUGGAUGGCGUACAUUUACAAAACUAUCAAUCGCAAAGAAACUGAACUCGUAUGCGGAGGAAGUCUUAUACACAAAGAAUUUGUUUUGACUGCAGCCCACUGCAUCCUUAACGAUGAUAUUCUGGCCGUGCGACUUGGCGCUUAUUAUUCAGAGAGCAGAUCCCCUUCAUCCAGGGACUAUGCAGUUAACAAGGCCUUUCGGAAUAAACUUUACAGUCGAGGGCAACAUAUCAAUGAUAUUGGAAUCCUAAGGCUGGUCCCAGAAGUGCAGUUCAAUGCUUACAUAAGACCCAUCUGCAUUAUUACCGACCCCACAAAAGUGCCGAACGUUAGAACCUUCAAAGCAGCAGGUUGGGGAAAAACAGAGAACGCCGAUAUGUCAAGGGAGCUAAGAACAGUGGAGUUGAAUGAACUGGAAGCAUCCCAGUGCGAACAAAUGUUUUGGGUGAACUUAACUGAGAGCCAGAUAUGUGCAGGACAUUCCAUCCGCGACACCUGCUCGGGCGACUCUGGAGGUCCUCUGGUCCAAACGGUUCAUAUUGAUGGCAGGAUGCGAUAUGCCCAGUUCGGAAUCGUCAGCUUUGGAAGUUCAGAGUGCCGAGGUCAUGGGGUUUAUACCCGAGUAAGCAGCUAUAUCGAAUGGAUCCUAAGAGUCGUAAAUACGUAUUCGCUGCACAGGCGGUCGAACUUACAGUUCCGAAGGCAACCAAACAUUUAUAGGAACUUUAGGGAAACAAAAUCAGAAUUUAUAUAAAAAUUAUAUAAAAUAUCUUAUUAAACCAUAUUUUCUUUUUACAUAAGGAUAUGCCUUAAUAAAGAGCUGAGCUUAGUUUAUGUUAAGAUAGAAUAAAAGUUACUUAAAACUACCCGAUUGAUGGCCAAUUUGGGU